AUGGAAAAAAUUCCAGACCAACUCGGGUAUCUGAUAUUGACGGAGGACGGGGCAGUCCUCGAGUCUGGUGGAGAUUUGGAGAACGACGAACGUGUUGCGACUAUUAUUACAGAUCUUAUCAGUUUGUCAAACAGUAUUGAUCCAGUGGCAUUUGGACCUGAAGAAAAGUUCAAAAAAAUAUCUAUAACAUAUGAUGACCACUGGUUUUCUAUAUGUAUAUCCAAUAAGAAGAUAUAUGUUGUGAAAAGAAGCAUACAUACAUCAUCAUCUGAGAUUGCUGUUAAUGUGUGA